UCCUGGCGUGGUUGCGCGCGUUUGGUGCGCACGCAUCAGGUGUGCACUUAGAGACUCACAUUCAGAUGGCUUAUUAAGAAUAUCUAGUAUGUUUUAAUAUAAUAAAUUUUGUGAUGCAACUUGAAGAGAACACCGUGGGAUUUCUUAAAGCUCGGUUGGCUCGACUCCCGAGUGUGUUCAUGCGGGAGCUCCCGUGACGCACGUAGGCUACUGGACAGCUGACAUCUUUUCGAACAGAAUACGAGGCACAAAGAAGCAGAGGCGCAGAAAGAGCUCUGAUCGAUUCGUCUGGCAACCUUCCAAGUUCAGAAGUAAAUCAUGAAUCUCACAGAGUCGGCGUGGCUCACGGAAGAGCCGUGGAACCCUAACCGGACGCAGGAAGAGAAACUUUUAUUCGGGAUCGGAACGGAGAAUCUCAUUACGCUGGUGGUUUUUUGUCUCAUCUUCGUGCUCGGUGUGCUGGGUAACUCCAUGGUUAUCACUGUCUUGGCAAGGAGCAAGCCAGGAAAACCACGCAGCACAACGAACAUCUUCAUCCUCAACCUGAGCAUCGCGGACCUAUCCUACCUGCUUUUUUGCAUCCCCUUCCAAUCUACCAUCUACACAAUGCCCACUUGGGUCCUGGGUGCGUUCAUUUGCAAAUUCAUCCACUAUUUCUUCACAGUGUCCAUGCUGGUCAGCAUCUUCACCCUCUCGGCCAUGUCUGUGGACAGAUACGUGGCUAUUGUACACUCCAGAAAGUCCUCCACCAUCAGGGUGGCCAAACAUGCCCUCAUCGGCGUGGUGAUCAUUUGGAUACUCUCUCUGGCCAUGGCAGCGCCGAUCAUGUAUUACCAGAACAUCCACUCGCUAGGAAAUCAAACAUUUUGCUGGGAAGUGUGGCCAAACCACAACCAGAAAAAGGUAUACGUGGUUUGUACCUUUGUUUUUGGCUACGUUUUGCCACUGCUGCUGAUCUCUUUUUGCUAUUCAAAGGUUUUAAAACAUCUGCACAAAAAGCUGAGAAAUGCAUCCAAAAAGUCUGAGGCAGCAAAGAAAAAGACAGCGCAGACAGUGCUGGUUGUGGUGGUGGUGUUCUGUCUGUCUUGGCUUCCUCAUCAUGUGAUUCACCUCUGGGUAGAGUUUGGGAGAUUCCCGCUGAACCCGGCUUCCUUUUUGCUGCGGAUCGCCGCCCACUGCUUGGCGUACAGCAACUCAUCUGUCAACCCAGUCAUCUAUGCCUUCCUGUCGGAAAACUUCAGGAAAGCUUAUAAGCAGGUGUUCAAAUGCCAGCUUGGUACAGAAGAUGUGUUGUUUAAUGAGAUCAAGGAGACCCGCAGUAGGGCAGAUGCGCCGCCUUCAACAAACUGCACCAAUGUUUGACUUUGUGCACAGAAGUGUACAAAUAAUUCAUGGUAACUGUCAAAUGAAAACUGAAUUUAAGGAUGCAUUGACAGGCCAAAAUUGUAGAUAUUUCGUGGAUGUUGCCACGACCGUUCCACAUAAGCGCUGAAAGGUUUAAAUUAUUUGUACAAUGUUUGUAUAUGAUACAUACUGCUUUUAAAUGUAAUCUGUUCGUGUUUAAUCUUUCACAUUUUGGGGAAUAAAAUUCAAGUAUGCACUCUUACAAAUCAAAAUAAUGUUAUGUUAGCGAAGAUAGCCUUUUGAAUGUUCAUCCUCUAUGAAGAACUGUGUUGGGUAUUGACGCUAUGUAACAAUGAAAACUCCAAUUUUACUGUUACAACCAGAGUUUCAUCCAGAAGUACUUGGACAACUAUUUCUCUUCAUGGAAAUGCUUUUCCAGGUCUUUACUGGAGCCACCAUCACUUGCUGCUUGUUUGUGCGUCUUGCUACUCAUCUUCAAUAAGUGAAUAUUACGCUCUAUUAGAUUUUUGGCAAAAUUUCCAGGGUAGAAUAUUCAGCUUUUUCCACAUUAAAUAUUUGUGGCCUUGUGGUUAGGACAGCUGCCUCAAGGUUCUUGAUUUGCAUUUUUGCUAUCUGGCUAACCUGGGGUACUGAUUAAUGCAAAGUUUGAUACACACUUCUGAAAUAACAGAUAUUGCUCAAAUUCCCGUUACGUACGAUGUUAUUAUGAGUUAUUCAUUUACAGGCGGCCAUGGAUCAGUGGUUGAGAAGUCGUCCAGCAACCGGGGGGUCGGCUGUUCGAUUCCCGCUCUGUCCAAGUCCUGUCCUGUAUUGGAGAAGAAACUUCACCCACCUUGCGUGCAGUGCCACUCACACUGGUGUAAUGAAUGUUUGGUGGUGGUCAGCGGGCACUGGCAGCCAGGCUUCUGUCAGUCUGCCCCAGGGCAGCUGUUGUUACUUAUGUAGUUUACCACCACCAGAGUGUGAAUGGGUGAGUGUAUGAAUAAUGCAUCUGCUGUGAGUGCUUCGAGUAUUGGUUUCUAUAGAAAAGUUAUAGAUCUAAAUCCAAGGACCUAUUAUAAUUAUUUUGUCAUAUUCAUCCAUCUAAUU